CGGUUUGGGAGGGUACGGAAAAUCCAGUGAGAUUACUCAAGUGAAGCCGGAGACCCAGCACGCAUCGCCGGCCUGCCAUGACGCAAAACUCCGCUAGCAAGCUUCUGAAUGGAGACACCGUACACCGGACGAAACAAGACAAGAAAACGGGCGGAAAUGGGUUCGUGAAGAACCACUGCUUGUUCCAGCAGAAGCGAUACCGCCGCCCGGCGGAGAAGAACCAUCAUGCUUCAUGUACUUCGCUUUAUAAAAAGCCAUUUGUGGAGUCGUUUGAGGAGACGCCGCUCCUGGUUGCCGUCCUCACCUACAUAGGCUACGGCAUCCUUACAAUUUUUGGCUAUCUGCGAGAUUUCCUGAGGGACUGGAAGUUUGAGAAGUGUCAUCUGGCCAGAGAGAGAGAAGAACAGAAGGAUUUUGUUCCUCUGUACCAGGACUUUGAGAACUUCUACACCAGGAAUCUGUACAUGAGGAUCAGAGACAACUGGAACAGGCCCAUACGCAGCGUCCCUGGAGCCAAGAUGGACCUUGUGGAGCGGGUCACACCUGACUACAACUGGACCUUUGAACACACAGGAAAGGUUCUGAAAGAUGUUAUUAAUAUGGGCUCGUAUAACUACCUCGGCUUUGCUGAGAAUACCGGCACGUGCGCUGAUGCUGCCUCUGAGUGCACUGUGAAAUAUGGCGUGGGGGUGUGCAGCUCCAGGCAAGAGACAGGAAAUCUUGAUAAGCAUGAAGAGCUGGAGAAGCUGGUGGCCAGGUUUUUAGGGGUGGAGUCAUCCAUGGUCUUUGGAAUGGGCUUUGCUACAAAUUCCAUGAAUAUUCCUGCGCUCAUGGGAAAAGGCUGUCUGAUCUUAAGUGAUGAGCUCAAUCAUGUAUCUCUGGUUCUGGGUGCCCGUCUCUCUGGCGCUACCAUCCGUGUAUUUAAACACAACAAUAUGCAAAGUCUGGAGAAGUUGCUCUGGGAUGCUAUCGUGCAUGGCCAACCUAGAACCCACCGGCCCUGGAAGAAGAUCCUCAUCCUCGUUGAGGGAAUUUACAGCAUGGAGGGCUCAAUAGUCCGACUUCCUGAGAUCAUUGUCCUAAAGAAGAAAUACAAAGCCUACCUGUAUCUGGAUGAGGCCCACAGCAUAGGGGCACUAGGACCAAGAGGCAGAGGUGUAGUGGACUACUUUGGCCUGGAUCCAUGUGAUGUUGACAUCAUGAUGGGCACUUUCACAAAGAGCUUUGGUGCUGCUGGAGGAUACAUCGGAGGAAAGAAGGACCUGGUUGAUUACCUCCGCUUACAUUCUCACAGUGCAGUUUAUGCUACCUCAAUGUCCCCACCCAUCACCCAGCAGAUUAUCACUUCAAUGAAGUGCAUUAUGGGAGAGGAUGGCACCACAUUAGGUCAGGAAAGACUCUGUCAGCUGUCAGAAAACACAACCUACUUUCGCAGGAGAUUACAUGAGAUGGGCUUUAUCAUCUAUGGGAACAAUGACUCCCCUGUUGUACCCUUGAUGCUCUACAUGCCAGCUAAAAUCGGAGCAUUUGGGCGGGAGAUGCUGAAGAGGAACAUUGGGACAGUGGUGGUUGGGUUCCCUGCUACACCCAUCAUUGAGUCCCGAGCUCGUUUCUGUGUUUCUGCCGCCCACACGAGAGAGAUGCUCGACACAGCUUUAAAUGCCAUCAGUGAAGUUGGAGAUCUACUCCAGCUGAAAUACUCCAGAAAAAACAGACAUGGGAGUGAAGGAACUGACCUUUUUUCAUAUCUGGAGAGCCACCAGGACUAGCACUUUGUCAUGAUGGACUGAUAGUAUCUUUCUUCCACCCCAAAGCGAUUUAUGUCAUACUAAAGCAUCAUUUUUUUUAAUGUUGAUUCAUUUCAGUGGACACUCAUUGAAGCCAACCAACUGACCAAAUUUCAAGUCUUACCUUUGGGUUAAGUAACCAAUAUUAAUUUCAUCGUGCAAUAUCAACUGUAGUAAAGACUCCACAUUGUGUUCAGCAUCGGAAAUGACACAGGAUAAAAGUUAAUGCCUUAGUGUCAGGGCUAAUUUAUCCUUCUACACAGUCUGAAACAAAUGAGAGUACACAAAAUGAUUUUCUGAUAUUUGAUACAAAUAUGAUCAGUGUUUCUGUCUUGUUUUCCAUUAAAAUAUGUUAAAUAAGAUGAAUUCACUCAGGAUUAAGGUUAGAUAAUAGUCUUUUUACUCCGUUUGCAAGCAAUGUUUUUAAUAAAUUUAGUAAAAUUUAGUAAGAUUUGCACUUUAAACGAAAAAAAAACAAAACAAUACGCCAAUGGAUGACAAUAAACUUAGUUCAAGACAUAUAUUGUCUGAGAAGUCUUAUUAUAUUACAGUUUUACUUUCAAACUAGUAAAGAUUUAAGCAAAAUUUAAGGAUAUUUAGAUUUUUACUACAAAACAAGACAGAAAUCCUGAUUAAGAAAAUGAUUUUUUCAGUGUACAGGAAACCCCCACACUGGCAUAUAUUUAAAGAAAUCUACUUAUGAAGGACAGAAAUGAUAAUAAACCAUAAAUUAGAAUGUGACUUCAUAUCCAUAUAAAUGUAUCUAUAAAAAAUAUUGACAUAUAUUUAUUAAUGCACAUUGCAGUGUGUCUGCAUUUAACUUAUAGCUUUGCGUAAGUCCACAAAUCUUCAAAUAUCAAAUUUUUUUUUUUUCUUUCCACAAUGCAAAUAUCACCACGUAGGUAAAUCAGCGAUGUCUUAAUGAACUUGUCCAGAGGAAUAUUAACAACAUUCUCUGUUUUGUUUCAUCAGAACUUUCCAGUAUGGAAAAUUAUGAUGAUGUUUUCUGUAUUUUAAUUUGAGUUGUGGUACUUUCCACGAAUAGGGUACAGUUUGGUGUCCCUUAUUUGUAUCCUUUUUUUUUUUUUUUUUUUUUUUAGUUUAGUAAGCACUAGAGGAACAAAGCCCAUUAAUUAACCCAUACAUCUCCAAACAUUAUUUAGACAAUUUUUAGUUUUUCAUUUAAUAUUUAUUGAUAAAUAGAAAAAAUAACAAUCACAUAAAUCCUGGGUCUGUUAAACUGUAUUUACACAUGUCCCAAAUUUUGGUAAUAAUGUUUUAAAAACUGCAAACCUCAUAAACAUAACAUAUAAUAUUUAGUUUGACAUUUUCUGAAGGUUAUGCCUUACACUCACCAUCUGUUUAAAAAUGCAUCUUUUCCCCAGAAUUUCAGAAAUCUUUCAUUGAGCCAACAGAAAUAGACUGACAUUGUUCAAUGUUCAACGUUUCAUUCUUUAUGUCUGCUGUUAACAGACAGCAUUGAAAAUGUUUGUUGCCUUUUGUAUUGUUAUAUAGUUGCUUUUUGAUUUGCUCAUUUUAAGAGAAAUCUUUAAGAAUUUGUGUUCUUCUAACAAAAGUGCUAAAUACGGGUCACUGAUAUAUGAUAUGAAAUGAGCUCUUGUCUGUAUGUAUGAUGAUGUGGCUUAUGAAUGCCUGUCGGAUGUACAUUUUUUUCACCGUAAUGUUUUUUUUUUCUGCAUUCCCUAUUGUGUUUUUUGAGUCUUGUUCUUAAUCUGAAAGGCAGCUCUAAUUAUGUCUCUAAAAGCAGACGUUUGUAAGUGGGACUAUAUGAUCUCCGAGCUACUAAUGACUGUUAAGAGAUGCAGAUAUGACGUCGGCACACUGGCUUUAAGCAGCCUGUAUAAAUGCAAGUAAUGCCACCGAGCUGCAUUUGACUGUGAAACCAAAGGGCAUUCCACAGUUUUUGUUUGUUUUUCUUAUACAUUUUGAGUUGCAUUUUUUUCAUCAGAUAUGCAUACUAUCACAUUUGUCGCACUUCUCCAUGCAAGAAACUGAAAUUCGUUGAACGUGACUGAUCAUUUGUUUCUGAAGAUAAUUAAAUGACUUAUAUUGAA